AUGUCUGCCCAGACCGAGCCCGGACACACUUCUGCCGACCACAUGAAGGCUGACGGUACCCCCGACAUGCGCUUCAAGGAGAACGGAGGUGGUGAGCAUGGCAACCAGGGCGGUCGUCUUUCCGGCGGUUUCGAGGAGGACGGAGACGGAACUUCCAGGCUCGUCACCGAGGGUUCAGGCGAGGACGCGACGUACAAGCCCUCCGCACACGGUGGGAAGAAGGAGGAUGGAACCGACGACAAGCGCAUGAGCUCGGAGCACGGCUUUGGCGGUGACAAGGAGGCAGCGUCCGAGGCUGGCAAGAAGGGUGGAUCGGCCAGCUACGAGAACGGCGGUCUUACCCAGUAG